AUGGAUGAUGUAAGCCCGAAUAUUGAGAUGGCAGAAUGUGAACCGGCAGCUACCAGCGAGGUAGAAUUGACAAAAAAACCGGAUGUUGUUAAUCCAAGCAGUGUCAUCCUAGAUGGAUAUCCGGCACUCAGUAGUAACCCUGAAAUACUCGUCUAUCCUAAAUUCAUGAGGUUAGUUGGUUGCCUCAUCGUUGUUCCAUGUUUUCCAAUACAAUUCAUGGAGACAUCGCUCACGGCCAUCGAAAGCCAGUCAGUCUGCGGUGGCUCAUGA